ACUCCCUGAGGACGUUCAACGAGCAUGGAAAGUAUGGGAAGCUGAGCUUCAGUAUUUACCGCUUGUAGUACUCCCUCGAUGCUACACACCAUACAGCAUGGACCACCCUGAAGUCACUCAUGAGAUCCACAUUUUUACUGAUGCUUCAGAGAAAGCAUAUGGGGCAGUUGCUUACCUUCGUUCCAAAGAUCCUAGUGGGAGAGUAAACCUUUCCUUUCUCCUGGCCCGGUCCCGUGUUGCCCCACGUAAGCAGUGCUCCAUACCUAGGCUUGAGUUGUGUGCCGCUCUCGUAGGAGCACAGUUGGCCAAACUCAUUGGAACUGAGCUUACCCUGAAAGCCCAAAGGGUCACAUUCUGGACUGAUUCAACAACUGUCCUUCACUGGUUACAUUCAGAAUCAUGCCGUUUCAAGGUAUUUGUGGGUAACAGGGUAGCAGAGAUUCAAGAAUUAACGGACCUUAAGGCAUGGCAUUACAUUGACUCCACAAGGAAUCCUGCAGAUGAUCUAACCCGUGGCAAGAAUCUGAAGGACCUCACUGAACGGAAUCGAUGGACCCAGGGACCAGAAUUUCUCCUCCAACCUCAGAGUAGUUGGCCAUCACCUCCAGCUAAGCACAGCCUGGAAUCUGAUGAUAAAGCUGAGUUAAAACGAGCUAUCUUCUGUGGUGUGAUUAACUCCGCACCACAAACUGCAGAUGGUAGUAAAUUUAGCAGCUGGAAGGACUUGAUUGAGUCGGUGGCACAGGAGCUGCAUGGGGCGGUGCUGCAAAAUGGUUCUCCUCCAGCCAGUACUUACCAAAAGGCAGAGCUGAUUGCACUGAGAAAGGCCCAAAUGGACAGUUUUCCAGAGGACUACCAGUUGUUAAAGAGUAGUAAGCCUGUUCGUUCUAACAGCAGACUCCUUUGUCUCUCUCCAGAGUUUGACCAAACCAGUAAUCUAAUUCGAGUCGGAGGACGAUUAAGACGUGUAGAAGGCCUCGAUCCAAGUGCAGUACACCCUAUUGUGUUGGAUCCCAAUCAUCCUAACACCCGUUUACUCAUCAAAGAUCAUGAUACUCGCCUUUGCCAUCCAGGACCGGAACGAGUGUUUGCAGAGCUGCGCCGAAGUGUGUGGAUCUUGAAAGGCAGAGAAGCUGUAAAGAAACACCAGCGAACAUGUCUUGAAUGUUGUAAAUGGAGGUCAAAGCCAGCUUCACAGAAAAUGGUCGAUCUUCCUCCAUCUAGACUUCGGUUAUUCAAACCUGCAUUCCAUUCAACUGGAAUGGAUUGUUUUGGACCAUUCUUGGUCAAGGUGGGACGUCGGACAGAGAAGAGAUGGGGCCUUUUAUUCAAAUGCCUGACCACUCGGGCUGUGCACCUCGAAGUUCUGACAUCAAUGGAUAGUGAUGCAUUCCUCAUGGGACUGCGCCGGUUCAUAGGUCGACGUGGGAAACCGGCAGAGUUAUACUCAGACCAAGGCACCAACUUCCGAGGUGGUGAGACAGAACUUAAAGAGGCAUUUCGUCAGCUAAGUCAGGAUUUACAGCAGCAGUUAGCUAAACAACAGAUUAGCUUUCAUUUCAAUCCUCCUUCUGCUCCACACUUCGGAGGGGUGUGGGAACGAGAGAUUCGUUCGGUUAAGGCUGCACUUUACACAACUCUGGGAUCAGAUACAGUGACUGAAGAAGUUCUUCAAACUGUCCUCAUAGAAAUCGAGGCCAUCCUAAACUCCAAACCACUUGGGUACGUAUCAGCGGACAUUGCUGAUUUAGAUCCGAUCACCCCAAAUUGCCUUCUGAUGGGGCGGCCAGAUGGUUCCCUGCCCCAAGUUAUCUACCCAAUAUCAGAACUCCUAGGAAGACGGAGAUGGAGGCAUUCACAAGUGUUGGCUGACAGAUUCUGGACGGCCUUCAUAAGGCACUACUUACCAGGAUUGCAAACCAGAGGGAAGUGGCAUAACCCAUCAGCAGACAUCAAACCCGGAACAGUCGUCAUGCUGGUUGACCCUCAGAUGCCUCGGUCAUUCUGGCAAAUUGGCAGAGUAGUAAAGAUCUUCCCUGGGGCUGAUGAUCGUGUACGAACAGCUGAGAUCCAGAUAAAGGACAGAGUCUACACAAGACCCAUAGCAUGCCUAGUAAUACUGCCAGAGAUCCCUAAUGAUCCAGAUGACACUCCUGCCGGUAACUGAGACUGUAUAAUGUCGACCUUUCAACAGAGCAAAUUUCAAUCCAAAUUUGGGGGCGGCAGUGUUAGAAAGGUCGGGUCUGUGCGCGUGCGCCACCUUUGACAAGUCCGCAUGCGCAGAAAGUGCGAGAGUGACUCAGUAGGAGAAGUGCAAAGACUGUGCGUGGGUUAAUGUGUGCGUCACUGAACAAAAACCACAUACACACCCACUCUCACAACAAAUACCCAAUUGAUCCCCUGUAAUGCCCAUGUACAGCUGUAUUGUGUGCAUCUUGGUUGCAAAUUACUCUUAUUCUAAGAGAAAUUAAACUCUUUGGAUGGAACUGAUCGGACCCUGUGUUUUGACUGACACCCCCUGAGCAAGGCUGGAUAUCAGACCUCACCUAAUACAGUCUUUUUAGUCACACUC